AUGUCCUUCCUGAAGAACCACCACACUAAUUCUCCUCAGCAACAGGGAUCAACCACCAAUAGUGGUAGUAGUCAUAGCAACAAGCACAACAAGCAAAACAGUAUUGGCAAGGGAGACCAUUAUAACAAUGGGUCCCAUCAUCAUCACCACCACAGCCACAACCACAGCAUCGGUCACAACAGCAACAGCAGCAGUAACAGCAACAACAGCUCUCGGGAACUACCCUCAGUCCAACAAGCUGUCUCAUCGAUCCCCUCCAUGCUCCAACUCCAACAGCUGCAACAACAGCAAAUCGAGGAUGGGUCAUUCGACCAUGACCUUCAGCAGCAGCUGCAGCAACAACAUCUCCACGGAUACAUACAUGAAGGUGGCGAUAAUGUGAUGAUGCAGGAGUGGCUCCACAAGCGAUCGUCGUCACUACAGUUGGUCUGGAAGCGGCGUUGGUGUGUUCUCCGUGAGGACCGUCUGUUCUUUUAUCGGACCAAUACCGACACAAAGCCCCUGGGAAUGCUGCACCUCUCCGAGUACUCCAUCCUCGCAGCUGGCCCAGAGAUAUCCCGCAAGUCAAAACUCGCCUUCCGGCUCUCCUCGCCCGAACCUAUCCCACACCAACAGCAACACCACGUCUUCUUUACGGAAUCUGCCCAGUCGCUCCAUAACUGGCUCUAUUCCCUCCAACUCCACAUCAACCAUGCCACUGCCACAUGGUUCUCCAAGGCCGCUACUUCGUCUGCCAAAGGAUUGGGAUUGCAGCAGACUGGCGAUGCUGCUAGUGGCGGCCUCUCGCGAAGGAUGGACCAGGGUGGUGUGGUCCCUGGCCAGUCCAUUAUCGACAAGGUCCUUGAUAGACUCCAUCUGGACGAUUCUUCUACUGCAGGAGAACCAGGAGCACCCACAGGAAGCAUGUCAGACUCGACAAUAACGUCAACAACAAAGAGCCAGCCAAGGUUGCCGUACAUCCCACCGAAUUUCUCGCAGUCGCAUGAGGACAACAACGACACCUGGUCGUCUACAUCAUCGAUGCCCAACACCAGCACCAAUACCAGCACAAACCUCGAGUACAUCUUUGCAUUGACCCAACAGAAUCAGGCUUCCAAGUCGAGUAUGGACUCGAUCCGUGGCGGUAAUGAUCGUAGUGAACAGCAAGCUCACUUGCAAGGCAGCCCUAUUGUGAGUGGUGGUGCAAGCCAUCAACCCAUCCACCCGACGCCGCUCUCCUAUGCGACCAGCAGUACGGGGUAUGCGGGAUCGACUUUUACGGACCAGUCGUCUGUGACUUCGGAGGCAAUCCGGUUUUCGGCUGAUUACCAGGGUCGGUCGAGUUUGCAUCAGCCCCGACCCUCGCCAGGCGCAGGGAAUGGCUUCCUUGUGGGAUCGGCCAGUCCGCACAUGCACCCGAUCCGAUCCAGUAUCCAUUCCGGUCUUUCCGCUGAAAAUGGCGCUGGGUCUCCAUCGACAAGUGUCGCUGGAUCACCCUUUGCAUCCCCAACCCUGUCGUCUCAACACCCAUCCGUCCUCAGUAGCAGCAACAACAACAGCAGCAGCAACAACAACAGCAGCAGCAACAACAACAGCAGCAGCAACAACAACAACCAUCACGCCCACAGCCACACCGGAUCAGCCUCUCCCAGGACAUUCUAUCGAGUCCUUGAAAACGGCUCCCCUUCAAAGCGCGCCGAGAGCAUUGCCUCCUCGACCUCAAUCUCGACCAUUGCCUCCUCAGGCGACGUAUCGACCAUCAACGACCUCAACUCUGAGAAUGGCCUCAGCUCAACAGCAACCGAUUCUAGUCUACCUUCAAAGCCCAAGAGUGCCGGCGCCACGAUCCUGGGUCUGGUCACGGGCGGCAGCAAACACAAAAAGGACAAGAAGGACGGCAGCAAUGCCGGGUCGAACCACAGCGGGAGUGGCAGUGGUAGUGGAAGCUCUGGACUGAAGCUGUUUGGAUCUGGAGUUUGUCACUACAGCGGCUGCACACAGAUGGCCAAGACUUGCACCUUCCACAACAAAAAAUUCCGUCCCGAAAGUCCCAAUGCUAUUGCGAGCAGGAAGGCCAAGGAGGAGAAGAAGGCGGCCAAGGAGACUGCCAAGGAAGAAAAGAAGGCUGGGAAAUCAUCGCUCUGGUCUUCGUCCUCAGACAAGAGUGGUAGCCAAGGGAACAUUUCGGAGAUCUCGAGUCCCAUCAUGAUGAAGGCCGAUGGGUCCCUGCUGACAAACUACAAUGGUGGUUCAGGAAGAGGUCUUUCGUCCAGAUCGAUGGUCUCCCUGCCCCGAGACGCCGAGUUUGGAAUCGACCCCAGUGCGGUUCCACUCCCACCGUUGCACUUGCGGAGCUCGGCAUCUUCGCCUACCAGGAGACGGUCGCCGUCCGUGAGUGUUCUAGAAGAGUCUUUCUCGCAGCAGAGUCAACAACAGGACUACAGCCGAACACCGGAGAUCUCUUCAAAGUCAAACGGAGGGUACUCUAUACGGCCACAGACACCCCUCUCAGCAGCGCCUUCCCAACCCCUGCCACCGCCACCGCCCCGUGCACCUUCCUCGGCGUCCAACCAUAGACCCGGCAGCAACAAUAAGGAGACGUUUAGUCUCUCACGCAAGAUGGGUCUACAGAUGGGAUCAGAAUUUGGAGCGGUCGAUAAGACUGCUCUGUCGGGUACUGCACUGGACGGCAACUACUUUGUGGCAAACCAUCACCGGACCAUGCAGAAGCUCCAACUUUCUCGGAAACCUCAGCCACUACAACAGCAGCAACAGUUCAUUGACCAGCAACAGCAACAGCAACAGCAACAGCAGUAUCAGCAGCAGCAGUCGGAAUUGUUCAAGGGAGUGGGAGUGUCAAGGCAUAUUGUUGCACCAGACGAGCUUGCAAUGGCGAUCGAGAUGGAGGCCGAAGAGAUGAGGCGUCGUCAGGCAGAGCUGCAGGAAACCCAAAAGUCACGACCCACUUCUAUGGUCAAGGGUGGCGGGGCAUACCACUCGAUGCCAAUCCAACUCCACUUGGCGACUGUGUCCGAGUCGUCUGCUUUGUCAGACGGAGCAGACGAAGCCGAGUCUGGGCUGCAAGAAUCCCAGAGCCCGCCUCGGCAGGAUGGCGGCAAGAUUAUCAGUGUUCAGGAACAGAUGGCUUAUGCGCCGCUAGAACUACCCACGACGAUCGAGUCUGAUCGGAGCCCUAUCUCUGGAUUCACGGCCGGGAUUUCGCCCCUCAGCCCCAACCCCGGAUCGCAGCUGCCUCCUACAGCAUCGUUGGGCAUUCCCUUGUCCGAGAUUUCAAAUGCUUCGCCAGGAGGAGGUAGUACAAAGUCGAGUAACAACGGAAGCCCCCGGUCCAACUCGCUGUCUGCAGGAUCCGGUGUCUCCUCUUCAGGCUUCCCUUCCUCAUCAGGCCUUCCAGCACCGUUGUCGUCUUUGUCUCGCCGACAAAUGUCUUCGUCGCCAGGACUGGGAUCAAGACACCCGAUGUCGCCCAUGAACGCCUCGUUUAUGGAGGAGGAGGACCGUUCCGAUUUCCAUAUGAGGUCCCUGCCACCACCUAAGCGACAUACAAACGACCAUUUGUUCAAGGGUGACUCGAACAGUACCCAGAGAAACGAGUUGCCCCGCCGGAGCUCUGCCGCUGCUGCCGUGACAUUGUCGCCUACUGAGAAUGGGCCUAGGUCUGGUCCGCUCUCUAACGACCAGCACGGCGGACCAACUCCUUCGUCGUCAUCUGGAGCGCCAGGAACUUCAUUGCGACCUGCGUACAUGGCUAGGAGACAGUCUUCAUCGCCAGUGCUCAUCCGAGUCAGUGAUCAAGGUGGACAAAAUAUCUCGCCAUUGUUAACAGGAGGUGCAACCAGGACCUUUGCAGGAGAUGCGCCCUCAAGAGAAGUCAUUCGUAGGCCUUCCGAGUUGACCACCCCUAUGUCUUCGGUGGAAGGAUCACCAGCAACGUCGACUUCGACAGUGUCAUCAUCCAUGUGCUCGUUUGUGACCUCAAGGAACACUGGACAGGAUGCGUCACCCAUGUCGCCCAGCCAGGAUGGCGCCUCGAUAUCAUCUUUGCCUUCACCAACAUCUGCUCCUGGAAGAGUGUAUAGGACAGCGUCUUCGCCUCUAGCGUCUGUCACUCCAGCGGAUGGAUGCACACCCUCGACCUCGCCUUCCCCCAACUCUGUUCUCCAGAUGCCCCGGGAGCCUAUCAACACGACUCAUCCAGCCCUCACCUCGAUGACUCCUUCACCCGCACCAUACCGGGGCCCAGCUGUAGUAAACGAGGAUAUCCCAUCUGUUGUUAUCAACAGUCCUCGCGCCUCAUCAUCGCACAACGUCGUUGGACAGGAACCCGCAAAGCGCGUGCUGCACAAUGUUAGCUCUUUUCGAUUCCCAGCUCCAUCGCAGGAUGCAACGGAGGUGGACUCCAAUAGCCGCCCUCUAUCGAGCUGCUCCUCUGCCUCUUUAUACUCCUCUGCAUCUGAGAACUUUGGAGCCCACGAGGAAGAAGACCACCACACCUCCAUGGACGAAGGCUACAGGAGUCGCCAACAACAGUACCAACAGCAACAACACCAACAGCAGAGACGUGGCAGUAAUGGGCUCUAUCAUGACGGAACUCACUCUCCUGGUGGAGGCAUGUCCCCCUCGCUUCACGCGGCUGCUUUGGGGCUCUACCCUGGUCUUCGCAAAUUGUCGCUGUUCACUGCGGCUGUUGGAGAUCAUCCGCCUCCCCCGCUGUUGAGUGGACGGAAGGAUAGUGCGGGCUCGAGUGUGUCCACGAGGGAUUAUCAUCAUGGAGUUACAUCGCCGACCUUGUCGAUCAUGGAGGAUGGAGACGAGGUCACGACAGAGGAAGAGGACUUGGAUUUGCAUAAUGACGAAGACUGGGCGGGGAACAUGAAGAGCAUGCGCCGAGGAUACCACCAGGAUCCUUCUAUCGUCGUCUCCAAUGCCGCCAUCACUGGUGAAGCCUCUGUUAGAGUUGUUGUAGAUUCCCUGCCUAUGGACGGCCUGGCGGCUCCACCGUUGAUACCGUUGCCCUUGACACCCCCGCACUCGACCGCUCAACCUCCUCGACCCUCGCCCUCAGCAAUGAAGGCCCCACCGGUCAUCCCUGGAUCGUACUACUUCCCUACCUCACCGUCAGUCCCUUUGCCUCCGACCCCACCCGUCAGCGACAGCAUUACGCCAGUCUCGCCAUCCAAGAACCCAUUGGCGUUGGCGGUGGCCACGCAGGGCGGAGGAGUACCUCCCAUGAUCCCUCCCCGGUCGCCUCACAGAAGUGUCCCUGGAUCGCCUACUGCCCUAAGAUCCAUGCGGUCCUAUCAGAACCUAGUGUCUCCUCCCCCUCCACCCUCUGGCGCUUGA